GCAGCCUGUCCCCUCCCACUGCAGGCUGUCACCGAAGUUCACCCUACCUUAUCCCCUCUCUCAGCAGGCUCUCCUCCCCGCUCCUGGCAUGUCUAUGUACUGUGCUCCCUGCUCUGCAGUCCGGUCCGGUCUGCAGGUGUGGCCUGUCCUUACAGCUCCUCCCCUUUCCUGGCAUGUGUCCAUAGUGCGCUCCCUGCUCUGCAGUCCGGUCCUAUCUGCUGUAUGUCUGCAGUCUCUGGUCAUCCCCUGUACUGUGUCCCUGUAGUCUCUGGUCCUCUCCUGUACUGUGUCCGCAGUCUCUGGUCCUCUCCUGUACUGUGUCCGCAGUCUCUGGUCCUCUCCUGUACUGUGUCCGCAGUCUCUGGUCCUCUCCUGUACUGUGUCCGCAGGCUCUGGUCCCCUCCUGUAUGUGUCCGCAGUCUCUGGUCCCCUCCUGUCGCUGUCCGCAGUCUCUGGUCCCCUCCUGUACGGUGUCCGCAGUCUCUGGUCCUCUCCUGUACUGUGUCCGCAGUCUCUGGUCAUCUCCUGUACUGUGUCCGCAGUCUCUGGUCAUCUCCAGUACUACUGUACUAUGUCUGCAGUCUCUGGUCAUUUUCGGUACUAUGUCUGCAGUCCAUUGGUUCAGAAUAUAUUUUUCCUCUAGUUUUCCGCCUCUAAAACCUAGGUGCGUCUUAUGGUCA